AUGGUUUCUUACACACUUCUUACAGCCGCUCUCUACGCUGGAGCAACACUUGCACUUCCACAAUCCCAAAGUCCCAAUAUUCCAACUACCACUAUAGACAACGGUGUCGUAAUCAGCACUUCAACCUCCAUCCCCGACUCGAAUAAUAAGGUCAAUCAAUUUCUCGGCAUCCCCUUCGCCGAAAAGCCCCUCCGCUUCAGUCCUCCAAAACCAGCCAAACCAUGGGACACUCCCUACAAUGCCACCGUCUACAAGCCCGCUUGUAUAAUGAAGUUCAACUAUCCCGAAGAACGACGUAAUCGAACUAUUGAGAUUUUUGCUACUCCUGGACCGCCAGCAGGUACUAGUGAAGAUUGCUUGAACUUGAAUAUCUAUACUCCUGCGGGUGCAAAGGCCGGUUCAAAGCCUGUUGCUUUCUGGAUUCAUGGAGGAAGUUUCAGUCAUGGAUCUGGAUCUUUGCCUUAUUAUGAUGGAUCGAAGAUGGCGGGUUAUGAAGACAUCGUUGUUGUUACUGUCAAUUACAGGACCAAUAUCUUUGGAUUCCCUGAAACCUACGAUUUGCCGAAGGGACAAUGGAAGCAAGAUCAAUCAUCUCAACUCUUCCUUGACCAAAGACUAGCCCUGACCUGGGUCCAAGACAAUAUCGCAGCUUUUGGAGGAGAUCCCAACAAAGUCACCAUAUUUGGUGAAAGUGCUGGCGCAGGAAGUGUCGAUGACCUUAUCACGGCUCCAUUGGAUCCCCUCCCUUUCCGCGCAGCUAUUCUGCAGUCGGGUUCUGCUUCAACAAACGUCACACCUACUGGCUCUUGGAAGAAUGCAACCAAACUAGCUGGUUGUGACAAAGGCGACUUUGAUAAGGUCCUCAAGUGCAUGCGCGAGGUCCCAGCCGCUAAGCUCAAUGAUAUUGUCGAAAGGGGUAUGCUUAACUUCGCACCUCUCAGCGAUGACGGAGUCACACUAUCAAACUAUCCCCGUGACAUCCGCCUAAAGUCCAAAGACAACCCAAAGCUCAUGGCUCGAGUUCCUGUCAUGUUGGGCAUAACAGCAGAUGAGGCAAGACUCCCGGAGUUCAUGAACAUUACCGUAAAGGAUGCUCUUAAAACCUUAGCCCCUGAGAUAAGUGACUUUCAAGUCUCGGUACUCAAAUUCUUGUACCCUAUUGGAUCUCCCGGUAUCAACAACGAAUUCGAUCAAGUUACUAGGAUGGCCACCGAGAUCGGCAUGCAGUGUCCCAUUCGCUAUGUCGCAGAGGACUUCGCUGAGGCAGAUAUCAAAACUUGGCGAUACAUCUACAACGCGAGCUUUGCCAACACUGAGAUCUUCAAAGGCAGUGGAGCAUAUCAUUCUUCUGAGAUUCCAACUCUCUUUGGAACGUUUCCUGAGAAAGGUGCUACUGAGUUCCAGGAGAAGUUGAGUAGGGAGAUGCAGAAGGCUUGGGGCAAGUUCAUCAGAGAUCCCAAGGAUGGACCUGGAUGGGAACAAAUUCCCAAGAUCGGUGUCUUUGGAGGCGGUGUGAGACCUGACUCAGGUAAGGAACCAAACAACGCCUUGAAGGUUGUGGACGCGAACAUCAUUGAGCCGAGAUGCCUGAUGCUCAAGGGAAUUUGGGAGCAGGGACAGACAAAGGACAAGUAA